UUCGAGAUUUGUUUAUUGCACGAGUUGGGACGGAAAUGUGGUGUUCUGGCAGAGCAGAAUUUAUAUCUUUCUGAACUCACUGCUACGCUUAUGUGUACUGGAAUUAUGGAUUUUCAUCUUUGAAAGGCAAAGGGAAGAAGUCAUACAAAUUUUUAUACUGAAAAGUUGAACAGAAAUGCAAAAUGGGAUGGUCUGGUACCAAGCAUCUGAUUCUGCAGGUGCUGCUCCUCUGCACAGGACAAAUAAAGCGUCUACAGUUGGUAUAGAUCAGCACAAUGGUGGACAUGUCUCCCAGCAUCCUGUGUCAUCUGGCCAAAUGUCUGGAACUUGGCAAAAUAAGGAUGAUUUUGCACAGGAUAGCAGCAUGCUGCUCUUCAAGGUUAACUCUUCUUCACCUUUUCAACAUUUGAUGUAUGUCAAUAAAAAAGGAAACUCUAACCCUGGAAGACACCAGUUGCCAGUACAGUGCAUUAAUGUAAACCCUUCUCAAUCUGACAAUCAUAUACAGUCCAAACAGUCUUUUCUUAAAGGAGCACUCCAAAAAAAGCCAGUGCUCAUAGAUGGGAAUUCACAGAUCCAAAAUUCUGCUUUUCUUGAACAAUAUGCUAGUCAUUCAAAUCACAAUGCUGCAUAUCUGCCACCUCAAUACGAUCCAAACAGUGCUCAGUAUUCUGCAAAUUUAAAUUCUAGAAUUGACAAUCCUACAGUAUUUUCAUCACCUUUGGAAAGAAAUGAUUGUUACAGCUCAAAUGAUAAUUCCUCCAGCAUAAAUACAUCUCAGCCUUUUUCAAUGGCAUCAGGUACUCAUGCAUCAAACAGACCUGUUUCAGUUUCACACGCAUUUUCCCAAAAACAUAAUUUGCUGCGAAACAUGAACAAGAUGGUCAACGGUCAUUUGCACUCAAAUGGACAAAUAAGUCAUAAUGUUCCCAUAAGUGCAGUUGAGAGUGAAAUGUCUCAGAGUUACAGAUCUGAUCAAAGUUCUUCAUCGUUUAUGGAUGCAAACCACAGCAGAAAACUGCUGCCAGCCCAGGAUGCUAGUAGCUAUAACCUUAAUGGAAUUAAUAACCAUCAGACUGCACAAAGUCGUGUGUUUUCACAAGACAGCCCCUCUGUUUUACCUGAGUAUUUGAGGCACCAUUUGGCAAACAACAUCCCAUUCAUGUUGUCAGGUGCAAGUGUUGGGAACCAUAAUGAGGAUGCCCUGCGAAGAUGCUUGGGAAAUUCUACCUCUGGAUUAUCCUAUGAAGAAGAGCAACAAGGUUACUUUGCAAAGCCAACAAAUAUAUCCAAUUUAAAACGCCAAAGUGUUUCAACUCUUUCCAAAACUUCCCAAAUGACACAAAAUUCUUCUCCAGCAUGUCGGAACAUUUCUUCUAUGCAGCCAGUUUCCCAGAUGCUCCAGAAUCCUGCUACACAUCAGAGCAUUUCUUCCAUACACCAAAAUUCACAAAAGGCUCAGAUUUCUUCUGCAGCACUCCAGAACAUUUCUUCUCUGCAGCCGAUUCAGCAAAUGGUCCAAAGUCCUUCUGUAGCAAACCAAAGUAAUUUUACGCAUCCAAAUCUCCAGAUGUCCCAAAAUUCUACUGCAGCAUACCGAAGCAUUUCGUCUACUGUUCAGACUACCCAAAAGGCUCAGAGUCCUUCGGCGGCCCUCCAGAACAUUUCUUCUAUGCAGCUGAUCCCCCAAAUGUUCCAAAGUCCUUCUGUAGCAAACCAAAGUAAUUUUACGCAGCCAAAUCUCCAGAUGUCCCAAAAUUCUACUGCAGCAUACCGAAGCAUUUCGUCUACUGUUCAGGCUACCCAGAAGGCUCAGAUUCCUUCUGCGGCACUCCAGAAUGUUUCCUCUAUGCAGCCAAUCCUCCAAAUGCUCCAAAGUUCUUCUGCAGCCAACCAAAACAUUUCUAUUCAGCCGAAUCCCAAGAUGUCCCAAAAUUCUACUACAGCAUACCCAACCAUUUCAUCUACUGUUCAGACAACUCGGAUGCCCCAAAAUUCUGUGGCUACAGAUCAAGAUAUCUCUUUUGCUAUGCAAGUUUCCAAGAUGCCCCCAAGCCUUUCUUCUGCUUUUCAGUCAAAACCAGCUUUUAUAAAACAAAGCAUAAUAGAGCAGCAGACCUCUUAUUCACACCAGAAAGCAUUAUUAAAUAGCAAUAAGACUGUCUCUAGUGGUGAAAGCAGUCAGAAUUCAAGCACUACCUUUGAUGAGAUAUUGUCUUAUCUAUCUAAUGACAUUAAUCAAAUGAAUCUGAUAAAUCAAAACAAAAAUAAAGUAACUGAAAAUGACUCGACUGUCAACAGUUUAAGACCAUCUAAAGGUGUUUCUGUCUCGGUGGCAAAAGGGCAAGUUUCAUCUGAAACGUCCCAGCAUCUAAAUGCUCCCCAGCAAACAAUAACUGAAACACCUCUUAAGUCUCCACCACCAUAUCCUAAAGCUCAAGAGCAUGCCUUUCUUGUUACAGUAAAAAAAGAUGCCCAGGGAGAGGGAUUUUCUGCUCAGAAUGUAAUUUUAAUUGGAAAAUCGUCUCCCUUCUCUGAAGUGAAUAAUGUACUUUUAAGUCCUGCUAAACAAGCAGCUGUUGAAAAAACAAUUCAAGAUACAAGUAAUUCUGCUGCUCCUUUGACUAGAUCACAAGAUUCGGCGCUUAUGACUCGUACACAGCACAUUGGCAAAAGUACAGCUUCACUUGUUCAGCAAACAGAAUUGCCCAAACAGUUAAAAAGGGCCGUCCCAGAAAGCAGUCAGUCAAUCCAUUUGGUCCCAUCACCAUCUCAUUCAGCAAAGUCAGUAGCAGAGUCAAAUAAUGGCGCAUCUGUGGAAAUAGUGGAAGAUAAUUUAAAAAAAUGCAAUAUGGAAGCCACUCAUGGUCCAAAAAAACUGCACUAUUCAGAUCAUGUAGUUUUGAGGGAAGAGUUAAGAAGAGAAGUGAUUAAACAUCUCCGGGGCAUAAUUUCAAAUAUCCCUGCAACUACACAAAAGCUUCCUGUUUUACAAAAUGAGGGCAAUCAAAGUCAAGAGACUGUUGAAUCUGAUAACCUGUCCAGAAAAACCACAAGUUCCGGACAGUCUCUCUCUGCAGAUGGUAAGACCUCCAACCGUGGAUUACUUGCCAAACUCUUAGGUCCUGGUUUGUCGCGUGCUAAUGAACCACAGGUCGCCAUCGUUCCUCCAAUAACGCAAAAACCAGCUGAAGCUGAAAAUGAAGUCUUUUCAAAUGUAAAUGAUGAGGUUCCAUUUAAAAUUGUAAAUGUAUGUUCCUUAGUGGAAAUGCCUUCAGAUUUAAAAGAGAGUCUAGAGCUACAAAAGUUUCUAAACUCGGAGACAAAUGAGGUAGAAGCACUGGGACAACAUUCUAAUUCUGAGUGCAUAAUAAUUGAUGAAACUGUUGAGGUGAUCACCCCAUCUGCUGAACAAGAUAGUGAUGUUAUUUUUGUUCGGUGUACUAAUCGGAAUGAUGACAUUGAAAAGGACAUUUUGAUUGCUGAUGUUUCUGAGACCCCUACUGCAUUAAAUUGUGGAGCAAUAAAAUCCCCUAUUGACAAGGAAAUCACAAAUUUCACAUCUACAGAACUAGAGAGUGAGUCUGUUCCUGUAAUCUGCCCCAAAGAACAAGAUGAUAACCAGUGUAAAGAAACCCAGAUCUGCCAAGAUGUUUCCUUGGAGAAAAAUAUUACAAUGGUAGCAAACGAUGACGAUACUUUAUGUGUUUCUAGUUCAGUAUCAAACCAGACCACACACGAGAACUGCAAAGAGACAACAACCCUUUCAGAAGAUGAGAUUAAAACUGCUGAUUUUGACUUGUCUUCUGUACCAUGUGUUACAUGGACACUUCCAGAAUUAAUGGUGUUAAUGGAUAGUCUUUCAGUCCUUGAAGAAGACAUGGAGUCCAUGUCCUGUGUUGACCGUUUAAUUAAUGACUUUUGGAAUGGGGAUAUGGAAGAUUUUACUGCAGAAUUUCAAAAAGCAAAUACGAUGAUAAAAGUCUUUUGGAGCUUUUGGAAUGUUGAGUCAUCUACUGAAAUUCAGACCAUACGUGGUGUGCUUUCUGAGGUGAAACCAGAUGAAUUUUCCAAAGUAGCCAAGCAUUGCAAAGUACUUGGUGAUGAAAUAAUGGCAGCUGAGGACAUACAUUUUAAAUCUUCUUGGUUAAAUCUAAAUGAACAAGUUGAUGAUAUUGACAAAGAAUUUGGAUAUCCUCCAUGUCUAAGUUCACAAAUUUACAAUUGUGUAACCAAGAUGUCAGAGUCUUCUCCAAGCAUAAAUCAGAGUGAUGGUGGUUCACAUACGCAACUUGUUGCUAUAGAGUCUUCACCAUUGGUGACUGAAAAAGAUGAGGGAUCACCAGCUAUUCCUGAAAAAACUGGAGACAUUCAUGAUGAUCCCCUGUCUAAAGUCCAGGUCAAGGUUUUGAAUCACGAAGAUGCAAAGAAAUUGCUGGAGGAAAUCUGCUCUAAGGAACAACAAAAGGUAGAGUCUGUCACAGAAAAUUCAAAAGCUCCUUCAGAAACCACUAUUGAAACAGUUUGCUGUGGUCCUUGUUGGGUCCGUGGAAUACAUAACAAUGCAACAAAUUUUACUUGUUCUUCACAAUGUAGCAAAACAAGCACACAGAGAGAGAUGGGGCACUAUAUCAACACAGAACUUGUUAUGGAAGAUGAGUCAUCUAGAAUAGUCAUUGAAAGUAUUCCUGUUGCAAGUCCAAGUGAAAACAUUUCACAGUCUGAACUUGAAAAUAUAUUGAAGCCUGAUAUUAAUUCUGUUGGAAACGGAGAUGAGAAAGCACAAGAACCACAAUUGUUGCCCAGUGCAUCGCUAGUGGUAUCUACUAUUAAAAGUGAUGAAAAAAUAAAGCAUGUAGACACUAAGAAAAGUGGUAAACAAAUUGCUGGUAGUAAAUAUGAAAUGUCUCCUAGCAAAGAGCAGCCUCAUCUACAAAAAAGAUCACGUCUUUCAGAUGUGGAUUAUCCAGAUGAAGGUAAAAGGGCAUCCAAAAAAAUACGAAAAGGAGAUAACCUUAAACAAGAGAACCCCAAAACGGAAUAUACAAGAGAUGCCAAAUACAAACAAGACCCUUCCUUGAAAAAAGAACUUUGGCUUGACCCUAAGAAAAAUGGAGAUGGUCCGUUAAAUACAGGAACCUUGCAAUGUAAACUUUCACAAGAACAUGACACUUCUAAAGGUGUUCCUUCCAAAAGCCCCACGUCCAAGCAAAAGUCUGACUCUAGCAGAGGAAUUAAAAACCUUUCCGUGAAGCUUGUGUUAUAUGGUUCAGAUUCUCCCGGAAAACAUGUUUGUGGACUUUCUAGCAGGCAAUCUUCAAGUGAACAUGACCAAAGUCCUAAAUUCAAGUAUCACAGGCCUUCUAGAAUACGAACACUUCCACCUAAAGAAAUUAAUUUAACAUUGAAGGAAAGAAAUGAUGAUGCUUUAGGUUCUGAUAAAAACCAGCAUGGUGCUGAAGUGCAUGAAGUAAGAAAAAAGGGGAGCGGGCAGAAUGAAGCCACACACCACCUUAAAAAUUCCAUUCAAAAUUCUGUUAAAUCCAGAACUGAAGACUUGAAAAAACCUGUACAAAAUAAUGCAUCGGAGUACCAUCCUGUUUCUCUCACAAAUGCAAACCACCCUAGAAAUUUUUGCAAUCAAAACUCUGGGCAGGAGGAGAAAGCAAACCACUUCUCUUCAAGUUCUUCUCAUCAUAAAUUGGCCACAACUAAUCCAAACCUGAAACAAGAGAAUUUUUCCAAGCAUUUUAAUGAGAAGAGCAAAUCGAAACGAGAAUCUAAACAUAAAAGUUUGGAACCGAGUGGUCAAAAGUCUAAUGACACUGUUGCUGUAAAGAAUGACAACAAAAGUAGUAUACAUGUUAAAAGAAACAAAGGAGAACUACUUCUGCCCAUUAAGAAGAGAAAGCUUAUUCAUCCAGAAAUUAAAUUCAAACUUGGGUCUAAAUUAGAUAGCAUAAAAACUGCAAAUGGACGUCAAAAAAUUCCCAAGCUGGCAUCUUCUCAGGAGGAGGUGAAUCCACUGCAGUUCAAGCUGUGUCCCAACUUGUUCAGCAAGGAUUUGAACUUCAAAAAGGAAAAGACAGAAGUAGUAGAGGUGACUAAAAAAAAGAAAGCCAGUGUUUCACAGAAGUCCCCAGUACCCCAAUGCUCUGUCCAGAGCAAUUGGAAAAAUAAAGUUCAGACCAGUAGUAUUAAAAGACCGUCUUCAUCCAAGCCUGAAGAAAAAUCCCAAAGAAAUGUUGAGUCAAAAUCUACUGAUACGUUUCAGGAGUUCAAGAAGAAGUACCUUCUGAAAGAAGGAAAACUGAAAAGUUUAAAGUGAUUUUAAAAAUUGAAAAAUCACUUUACAAAACCACAUGCUGACCACUGCAGUUGCAUUGUAUAUAUAUAUAUUUUUUUUUUAUCCUGUGUGGUUUU